GCUAUUCCAGAGAACAAGAGCACAAUCCUUCAAUUUAGCAUAGUUGUUUUACUGACCUCCGAUUAAUGCAACAGUGCUGUGUAUCCUGGCACCGAACGACGCGCACCACAUGAAACACCAAAGAAAUGGACGCGAACGACUUGCAUCUUAACAUUGACUACGUCGGUUCAUGUGGCAUCGUGCUGACUCCAGAGCAAAAGGCCACAUUACAAACUUCUUUAACAAUUCUAAAACAUGAGAGCAAUUUUUCUAACGUUCUAUUCUGGGGAAUUAUUCGAGGAGUUACUGGCGACUACUAUAUAGCUCAUGGGGUAAGUAAAGAUGCCAUGACGGAGAGAAGAACGCUGUACAGCAAAGACUGCCUUGUAUGGGGACUUUUACCGGUCCCAGGGAAGUCAGAUAUCGAGAAGAGCGCCUUUUUCAAGACUCGGUUCACGGGUGACCCCUCUUAUGAAGCUGAGUUCGUUAACAUCACACAGGUUCCUGGUGAUGGUGACCAACUUUUCGAAAGCGAGGAACUGAUCACAAUGAAAGAAGAAGAUCGGCUGGCCGCUGUUGUGGAGAGAAUUGAGCAUGAAGUAGCGAUCGUGCCUCGUGGAGCAUACAUGAGACUCGCUUCGGGACAAAUCGUUCGUAAUAAAAGCUUCGAAGGUUUGACAAUUGCUGAAGCUUCCAAGCCCCUCUCGUACUUUCACUUUCGGCCUCCGGUGUACUUGCCGCACAAACCCCUACGUGAUAGAGCAAAAUUGGACAAAGCCAUAGACUUUCUGGACACUAUAGAAGACGAUAACCCAAAAGGCAAGUGGUUUAAAGGAAAUCGUUUCCAUCCAUUCAAUUAACCAACAAAUCUGGUUAUUCAAGGUAGAAUGAUUUGGACAAAUUUUGAAGUAUUUGGGGAGAAAUAUGCUCUUUAAAACGAAACAUCGAAUUUUGAUCACGAACUUAGCAGGCAUCUUCAGCUGCUAGCCGUUAACAAUCAGUCAAAAGAAGCAGGAUACGUCUUCGGUUCAGUACUUGUUCAAAAGUUGUAACUAGCAUCAACAGCAUACACGUAAACUGAGGGUGAGAAACGCACAUUUGACAAUGAGCCACAUUACAAAACAGAUAAGAGGUUAAAUAUUACAAGCUACAAAAUUUAAAAAGUAACAUUCUACUAAAAGCACAUUUUGCAUUGCGUUGUGAUCGGUGAAGAAGGGGGUGCUUAAGAGGAGGGGAGAGGCAGAGACUCACGACAUAAACGUCAUUGAGGUCGGCUCCUUGCCUCAGCUGGUAUCUCCAACCAAACGUUCGCAUCGUCCUUCGGAUCCCAAUC